UUAUUUCCUUUCUACCAUGAAAUUAUCAUAUUAUACAAAAACAAUUGAACUAUAAAAUUGAUCUAACUUUUUCAAGUUAGCCACGGUUUGCAUUUUUUAUCCAUGUCACGAUAUAUAACGGCGUCGGCGGCGCCGACUCCCCAUUCCCGCCGUCGUCAUCAUGUCGCCGCUUUUUUACCUGAUCUCGCUCACAGUGCUUGCACUGACUGUGUCAUCCCAGGAAUUCGUCCCGAACGUUCCAGAAGAAUGUCUGACUACGGGCAUCUGCGAGGACUUACCCGAUUAUCCGACAGAACGCGUCACCGCUCUCAUUGAAGAACUAGGUCCAGCUCUUGACAAAUACGAGGUUCAGGACCUUGACGAGUCCGAAACAUUGUCCAGAGUAGGAGAUGAGGAUCAAGAUCUCUGCGAGUCCAGGCGCAAGAUAAUAGUGCCUCGUGCGGGUCGGGAUAAAGAUGGACAGUGGCACUAUGUUGUAAACCAAAGGCCCAAUCCGGUGCAAAGUUUCGUUAUUGAGGUAUGCAAUCCAGUCGAUUCGCCCUGCGCCGACGUAGCCCACUUCUACACCGGUUACACAGCCAGCUGCAAGCAGAAGUUCAUUUAUCGGAAAUCGCCGACUUUGGACGCCGGCGGCGCCAUGGUUGAAAGGAAGUUGCUGUUCCCCAGCUGUUGCUCGUGCCAAUAUCGGCAGACUGGUGAAUAAGCUUAAUCUAUGAAUGUUAAGGUAACAUUCGGAUUGUAACUGCAGUUGCAUAACUGUUGCGGCAUUACUCCUACUGCUUAUCCGAACGGUACCUGUUCCUUAUUUUCAUGUGGCAUGUUAUAAGUUAAUUAAUUCACAUGAAUACAAAUAAAUGUUUUCUCAAACA